UGAUCACAGCCUCUUGGCAAUAGCAUCAGCCAACAUAGUACCAGCUACUUACAACACACUCAGCAUGGCUACAGCCACCGCAGCAGCCAACGCCACUGGCCCCCAAACACUCAAGGACCCAAUCGUGUCCAUCAAACCAAGCGCCACUCUUCCGCCCACCACCCGCACAACAUACACCCUCAACACGGGCGCCAAAAUCCCCGCUCUCGGAAUCGGCACCUUUCAAGACCCCGACUCUCAGGAAGAUACCGUCUGCCAAGUCCUGCAACAUGGUAUGCGGCUAAUUGACACAGCGCGUGUCUACGGCGUAGAAAAGCAAGUCGGUAGGGGAAUCAAGAAGAGCGGCGUCCCGCGCGAAGAAAUCUUCCUUGGCACGAAGCUCUGGUGCAACGAUUUUCACCCCGAUGAUGUCGAGCGCGCGGUGGAUGAUUCUUUGCGGGACUUGGAUACGCCCUAUGUUGAUCUGUUGUUGAUGCAUUAUCCGUGCACGUUUAAGCGGGGUGAAGAUCGGUUCCCUCGCGACGACGAGGGGAGAAUGAUUCAUGGGGAGACUACCUUUGUGGAUACGUGGAGGGCUUUGGAGAAGGUGGUUGAGACGGGAAAGGUGAAGGCCAUUGGGGUGUCGAAUUUUAGUAAGGGUGAGAUCGAGACGUUGCUUAGGGAGACUUCUACCGUCCCCGCCGUGCACCAAAUGGAAGUCCACCCCUACCUGCAGCAAAAAGGCUUCAACGAAUGGCUUCGCGAAAAGGGCAUUCACGUUGUCCAGUUCAGUCCUCUCGGAAACAUGAACGACUUCUAUCGCCAGGCAGGAUGGUCGAAGGAAAUCGCGCACAUGAUGCGGGUUAUUGACCAGCCCAUUCUCAAAGCAAUUGGUCAGAAAUAUGGCAAGAGUCCUGUGCAAGUGGUGCUUGCGUGGGGAAUCAACAGUGGCCGUUCGGUCAUCCCGAAGACUGUGAUCGAUUGGCAGAUCGAGGAGAAUUUGGCUGCUGACUUCGAGCUCGAUGCGGAGGAUAUGGCUCAGAUUGCUACGCUGGAUGCGAAGGCGCGAUUUAAUGACCCGAGUUUUGAUUAUGAGUGGCGAUUGUAUAGUGAUUUGGAGGGUAUUGAUGGUACUGUGAGAGGAAGGACGCACUAGGGCCUGACGAUGCGAAGUUGUUACGUCUACGUUCAUAUGAAAGCUUAGGCCUGACAGUUUGGCGAGAGAUAUUUA